UCUUAAUUCCCUCCGCGUGCUCUGCAUCGCAGAAAGCCCAACUCCCAAACAAAGAGCCGGCAGCUCGCGUGCGGGGCUCCUGGGCGCGUCCUGCCGGCGGGGCUGGGAGAGCCGGCGCCGGGGCGUCGCGAGCGCGGGCGGGGGAGGCGCGAGGGCCGCAGGAAGCCUCCGUGGGCGCGGGGGCGCGGGCCGGGCUGCCCGCACGCUGACCUUCCCCGGCUGGGAGGGACGAGCACUGGCUGCCAGCGGUGGGCGGCUGGGCGGCCCCGGGAGCCUCUGCUCUCCGCCUUUCCAGGCGCUGCUCCCGUCGCCGCGUCCGGAGCCCCUGGCCGGGCCCAGCAGCCAUGGCCCACUUUAAGACUGAGCAGGAUGACUGGCUGAUCGUCUACCUGAAGUAUUUACUCUUUGUCUUCAACUUCUUCUUCUGGGUCGGGGGAGCAGCCGUCCUGGCUGUGGGCGUCUGGACCCUGGUGGAGAAGAGUGGCUACCUCAGCGUCCUGGCCUCCAGCACCUUUGCCGCCUCCGCCUACAUCCUCAUCUUCGCGGGCGCACUUGUCAUGGCCACCGGCUUCCUCGGCUUCGGUGCCAUCCUCCGGGAGCAGAAGGGCUGCCUCUCCACGUAUUUCUGCCUGCUGCUCAUCAUCUUCCUGGUUGAGCUGGUGGCGGGGGUCUUGGCCCAUGUGUAUUACCAGAGGCUGAGUGACGAACUAAAGCAGCACUUGAACCGGACUCUGACCAAGAACUACGGGCAGCUGGGAGCCACGCAGAUCACCGCCUCAGUAGACCGGCUCCAGCAGGAUUUCAAGUGCUGCGGAAGCAACAGCUCAGCCGACUGGCAGCGCAGCACGUACAUCCUGUCGCGGGAGGCCGAGGGCCGCCGGGUGCCCGACAGCUGCUGCAAGACAGUGGUGGUGCGCUGCGGCCGGCGGGCCCACCCCUCCAACAUCUAUAAGGUGGAGGGAGGCUGCCUCACCAAGCUGGAGCAGUUCCUGGCUGACCACCUGCUGCUCAUGGGGGCGGUGGGUGUCGGGGUGGCCUGCCUGCAGAUCUGCGGGAUGGUUCUCACCUGCUGCUUGCACCGGAGACUCCAGCGGCAUUUUUACUGAUGGCCAACCACCUCUUCUUCCAACUGCCCUGCAGGAGGACGGGUGGCCACUUGCCAUCCGCAAGGCCUGCAGAGUUAGCACCAGUUCCACUAGGGCCAUAGAUGCCCCCUCCUCUGUGCCCAGCAUCUACAAAUCCACCAAGUGCCUGAGACUAUAGCUUCUACUGUGCCCACCUAGGCAGGGACCCUCAGACCCCUCUCCUCCACUUCUGAGCUCCCAUGGCCAGAUCCUGGGCAGGAGACAGCCAGAGUCCCACACCGGGCACAGGGACACCGUGGACUAGGAGAGGUUGACAGUUGGGCUCUUUGCUCCCUCCCAGCUCUUGAACCUGGAACAAUGGGCAGAAAAUCCAGGUCCCCUGGGUUUUCAGCACAGGAUUCCCCCACCCAUGCUCAAAAGCCCUGACCUUGCUGAUUCUGGAAAAUGCAUGGGGUGGGGCAGGGAGGGCUGGCGUUUCCCCCAGAAGACCUUGCUCUUUGACCUGCCCACUGUCCACACUGCCUCACCUGGAAAGCCAUAUCCUGCUGGCCUCACUCCUUCCUGCAGGGUCUGGGAGUGGGGAGGCCUGGGUAGGGCAGCCACAGGCUGGGCGGAGCUGCCCUGGCAGGGAGCAGGGGUAAGGUGGCCACCCCAGCACAUGCUGCACUAGGAGCAGAGCCCUGUGCCUGCCUAGCAACCUUCCAGGGAGAAACCCCCUGGGGAGACCCUGGCUCCAAGCCCUGGCCUCUAGGGACAUGCCCACCAGAGGGAUCUCCUGUUCUGGGGCCUGAUUCUCAGGAACAUCAGGUUUUUAAACCAUCUUUAGCACCUAAUGCUGGUGGGUGUCAAGCAUUUCCUGGAGUGGAGCCAACUCACAACCCUUCAAAGUCGGAGCCCCUGAGAAAGGGCAGCUCUGAGGAGAGGGGAUCUGCCUGAGCCUUGCCUCUCCUGGGGCCCUCUCCUCACCCCGUGGCCACCAGAGCUCUGCUUCCCUCCCACCUGUCCCGGAGUGAACAGAGCUUCUGCCUCGGGUUCUCUCUUGCAUCACUAAAUUCAGCAGGGAAUUUUUCAGCAAGAACGUUCCCCAGUGCUAAGGGAGAAGCAGAAAGCAAAGCCUAGAAAAUAGAGUAUGCAUGCUGGCAGUUUUCCAGAGAACAGGUAUCAACUCGUACGACACCCAUAGGGACCCCCCAAAAUGACUGUUACAAGGGGGCAGCCCAUUACACUAAAACCCCUCGCCUGGCUUCCACCCUCCCCAGGUCCUGCACUUCUCCCCAGGGCAGGACCCUCUCUCGUGCCCCCUACUAAGGGGGCCACCUUGUUGUGCUACAACCGAGGCGGAGAGAGGCCCCAGCUCGUCUCCCCACUUGAUCCAGCUCGCACCGUGAUGAGCACGUUGCUGACCUAGGCCAGUCCUGGGGGAGGGGUGCUCUCUCUCCCAUACAUAGGAGUGGCCUCAAGGCCACCCAGUGCUGACCCCAACAAGGCCCGGAACUGCAUCCUCAGCACAGCAAGUACCCACGUGGACGGAGGGAAGCCCAGCCGUGGGGCCGGUUGCCUCCUUUUCUCUGGGUAUUCUCCAGUGGCUUCUUGGAGGCUAGGCUGGUUUAUCUCCCCUGCCUAAAAGACCCUGGAGUUGCUGAUGCAAAUUCUUUAAAAGGAAGACAAGAUGUCCCAGACUGCAGGAGGCCAAGAGAAACGGUGUAGCGCAUGAUUAGCUUUGCCGCCCUCCCACCUCCUGGGAGUCGCGCAGGUAAUCAGAGAUCAACUGUGACUCCCAAGCUCUCUGAAGGGCUAGAUCACAACAGAUAAGUCUUAUUACAGAGGGAGAGUGGAGAGAGAGAGAGGGUACUAGGCUACAGCCAUGUUCUUCCUGGCGGGGCAUCGGGGGAGGCAGCAGUGGGCAGGGGGUGCUGGGGCCUUAUCUGUCUGCCCUGGUGAGGAAGAGAGACAGAUGGCAGGCAAGUGCCCUGUGCACAGCCUGUCACUGAGGGCAGGCCCAGGAGAGCUGCCCCAUCUGCCACAGCCCCAUGUGAUGGUUGGGCCGACCUGAUUGGGGCAGGCUUAGCUGCUUCCUGCCUUGUGUCAUCCAGCCAGACUGCCACUUGGAGGAUGGCUGGUCCAAGCUGCAGACAGCGGCAGAACCACCCAGGGCUUCUUGGAAAUCUGACCACCUCGUCCAUGCCAACAGCCUGGGAGAUGAGAGAAGGUUAGAGGAAAGCGGAGGCUCAGGAUAGGGCAGGUUCUGCCUGGGAGUGCCCAGCAGCUGGAGUCCAGAGUCAAGGAUGCGGUCCCGAGCAGGGCGUGCCCCUCCUGCUGUCAAGGGCAUAGAUCUGGGCCCAGGUCAGUUCCUCCCAUGCCCCUGCUUGGAGGCUGUCAGUCUUGAGAGACAGAAGACAUGCCUGUGGAACGUCACCAUCAGUCCUGUACAGGCGAAAGGCCCCUGCACACCGGGGACCCAGGAAAGCGGCAUCAGGUGCUGGGAUGCCACCCAGCUGGCACGGGCACGUCCUUGCCCUGCACACACCAUGCUGCCCUUUCCUAAGCUCGCAGGGGCAGACACCAAGAGAGAAGGGCACGUCCGCAGGUCCCCCCGGGUGACCUGCUUCAGGACGGGAGGCAGGAAGGAAACGCGGCCUUGGCUGAGGGGAUGGGAUGCGUGUGCCCAUUCUCUUUCUCCCUCCUGCUUCCCUGGUACCCUAACCCCAUCUCCAGGAGCCCCUCAGGCAGAUAAGUGAGGAGUGUGUCCGGGGAUUUUUUGUGUUUAUCGGGGGCCUGCUGUGCACUUAGAAUCUGUCAUCAUACUUAUCUUGCAGUUACCCCAGUAAGAGGGUGACUUCUCCCAUUUUAUAAAUGAGGAAAUUAAGGCUGGGCAAAGUUAAGACUUGCUUGUCAGUGGUAAUGGCUGUUGUCUUGCCACCCCUAUCCAGGGAGAAGGAAGGAAAGCUGGGCCAGGAGCCCCUCUCCUCAGUGUCCCCCAGUUUUCCAUCUCUGUAAUGAGACAUUGGGCUGUCAUUAAGGAGCAAAGUGUCACUCAGGGGGCACUGUCACAUAGCAGCCACCACCAUACCUCCUUCACAUGUGCUGAGGGUUCAGAAGCCUGGCUUGUUCAGGCUGACAGCUGGGCCCCCAGGUGCAGGGGCUCAGGCAGCGGGCAGGAGCCCAAGGGGCCAAGGCUCAUGACAGCCACCCAGCCCAUCACCCCAGGUGCCAACAAUGACCCCAAAGUGAGAGCAGAGACUGUCCCUCAGCCCUCAGAGCGUUCGUGCAGGGUAUGGAAUCUCAUGUCCACAUGGAGAUCUCCCCUCAGGUCACACCCACUCCCAGAGCCACCCUGGGCAGGGAGGGGCACACUGGGGGUGUGUUGACCACCUCCCCUCCAGGUGAGGCCCUUCUCUGCCUUGUUUCUAACCCCUGCACGGCGCAUCUGCUGUUGCUGGGGCCCUGGGGUGGACCCUGUGUGAUUUCUGUCAAGGAGCUUGUGCUACGCACAGCCAGAGGGUCCAGCAUGGCCCUGUGGGGUGUGGGGGGAAUAUGGGAGGUCACUGUGAUGUGGCUCGGGGCCCUCCUGCCCCAGGUUUGGUUUCAGAAUCUGCUACUUGGGCCCUGCUUCGGGGUCUUGAGGCUGGAGACGUGAGAUGGAACAGCCACUGUCAUCACCGCCCACCCUGCCACCACCUAGAAAACAUUCUUGAUGUACUGGCCACUCUGGGCCUGAGUCUUUUGCAUGGCUGCUGUGCCAGGCUCACAUCCGCUGAGGGUACAGUGACCAAGCGUCUAAACCGUCAUUCUCCAACUUGGCUGAGCAUCAGAAUCACCUGGAAGGGCUUUUCCAAACAGAUUGCUGGCCCUACCCCCUGAGUUUCUCAUCAGGAGGGGCAGGGCCAACAUUUGCAUUUCUAACAAGUUCCCUGGAGCUGCAGUUGCUGGCCCUGGAACCACACUUUGAGAACCACUGCUUUAGACCAAACCCCAAAGGAAGAUGCAGCCACCCUCCUUUGUAUGUCACAGCGCUCAGGGUUCACAAGCCCCUCAGGUUCUCCAGCUGAGCUCCACCUGCAGCAGCUGAGAGUCCCAACUCAUUCCACCCCUGGGGGUUGGGAGUGAAGCGGGUCACCAUGGUCAGCUCACUGCCUGCCAGGAAGGCCUCUCUGCAGUGCAUCUGUGCAGGGCCUGCUCUUCCUAGAGGACUCUCAGAUGGUCUGUGAUCUUGGCCAGGAGACCAGGCGCCUGGGUCCCUUCCUGGAAGGGGACAAGUUACACACCCCAGCCCAGCUCUCCCACCACCUUCUACGUGCCUUGGGAGAACCUGCUGCGUUUUGGCUGCUCCCUUCCCUUAUUUCAGCCGUGCCCAGCCCUGCUUAGAAACCUGAGGCCUGCUCCCCAUGCCCUGCCCUGUGCAAGUGCCAGGCCUCAUUCCAGGUAGCCUGAUGUUGGUGAGGCCAGAUGGGCUCCUGGAACCAGCUGGCCCAUGGACGUGGGUCAUCACAGUAUUCUAGAAACAGAGAUGAUGCCUUAACCUAGUGCCUACAGAGAAAUUGUUCUCCUUGUAAACAUACCCCUGUCCUUAGCUGAUCUCAGUGGAAGCCCAGCUUCGUGUGCUAGGGGACAUGAUAAUGAUAAUAAAGGAAUUGCAUCUAGCACUA